AAAUAAUAAAUUCAAGAAAAUGGCGGAAUUCAAAGUAUCAGCGCCGGGAAAAGUAAUUCUUUUCGGUGAGCAUUCAGUCGUCUAUGGAAAAACGGCAGUGGCUGCGAGUUUGGCACUACGAACAAAUUUGGAUUUUAAAGAAACUCCUGGGAAAAAUACCAUUGAAAUAUCAAUGCCAAAAAUAAAUCUACACCGAGAAAUAGCUGUACAAGAAAUAAUUGAUUACUUCUUCAGUGAAUCGUCCAUAAAAUUGUCUUCCGGUCACGAUGAAUUUUACAAAUACGUCCAAAAGUUUGUCGAGCAAAUUAACUGCGAAACACCUUCACAAAGACAAGGUCUAGAGGCACUGUUUUACCUUCUAAUCGGAAUAUCACACAAGGAAACAAUAACAAUAAGUGCAUUCUAUCUAAAUUUGGAUACAGAAUUGUCAAUUGGCUCUGGUCUCGGGAGUUCGGCAUCGUUUGCAGUUUGUCUCGUUACUUGUUUCUAUCAUUGGUCGCGUCUACAAAAAAAUUUACAAACUUCCCUCGACGAUUCACAAUUGAGAGAAAUAUCGUCGUAUGCCUUGGAAUGUGAGCGAAUUAUGCAUGGAACACCAUCGGGAAUUGAUAAUACAAUUUGUACUUUUGGUUCUAUUAUUGAAUUCAGAAAAGGCGAGUGCCUCAUUCCAAUUAGUGGCGCUAAAGUCAUGAGGGUUUUGGUUGUUGACACGAGAGUUGCGAGGAAUACAAAAACUUUGGUGGAAAGUUUCGCUCAAUUGAAAACGAAAUAUCCGAAGGUUAUUAAUCCUUUAUUGGAAUCAAUGGAUGGCAUUGCUAAGGAGGCUUUGACUAUUAUUAGAAGAAUUCAGGAACUUCCCGAGGCUCAUGAUGAAUUAUUGUUGGAGGCUUACAAUGAGUUGAUGACAUUAAUAAAAAUAAAUCAAGGAUUUCUCAGUACCUGUAAUUUAUCUCAUCCUUCCCUGGAUGCAAUUUGUGCGGAGGCGAAAAAUUACGGCCUCGCUGGAAAACUGACCGGAGCUGGUGGUGGUGGUUACGCUUAUAUUCUACUUCUUCCAAGUACUCCGAACGAAAUUAUUGAAAAUCUGUCUCAAAAAUUAACUGCAAGUGGGUAUACUGUCACAUUAACUAAUUUGGGAGGUUCUGGAAUAGAAAUUCACAAGUAACUUGAGUAUUUUUUCCUAUUCUUCAUUUUAUCAACAGUACAAAAAAGGUGAUAUGGUAUAAUUUUAAAUUAUUUUAAAUAAAUAAAAUUAUUUUACUUAUUUCUUUAUACAAAUUAAUAAAGACAAAUUACUUAAUUUACAUUUGUAAAAUGAAAUAAGAAAUUUGUUCACAAAUUAAGAAUAUACUUUGGGAAAUAUA